AUGAAGAUCUACGCAAGUGCCUGCGCAUUGGCGCUCCUACUUCUCCUCGCUCUGUGCUCCCAGACCAGCUCCUCUCCAGUGGGAGGGGAUCCCCCAACUUCUUGCUGCUUCAGCUAUGCAACAAAGAAAAUUCCACGCCACCUGCUGAAAGACUACUACGAAACCAGCAGCAGGUGUUCUCAGCCAGCUGUGGUGUAA